AUGUCGAUUACCUGGGAUAGGUUCAGCAGUAACUGCCUUUCGAAACUCUGUCGUGGUUAUGCCAAGUCGGUCAAGAAACCUGUGAGCUGGAAACUAGUAUUUGACCAAAGAACUCCAAGACCUCAGGCCAUAUGGAUGUUUAAGCAAAAACUUUCAGAAUCUGUUGAAAAUAGGAGUCUGGCUUAUACGAGUGAUCCACAUAUUAGAGAAGCUCUAAAUACAUUAAUUAAACGAUCUUCCAUCUCAGAGUUGAGCUUCGAAAAAUCGAUACAGUCACUCUACAAGCUGAUACUACAACGACGAGUUCCAGAUGACGAGGUUUAUGACGCUAUUUCUCAGGUAUCUGCCAAGGAAGUAGUCAACGUAGCUAUUCCGCCUUCCUCUUCAUCAAAGGACAUAGAUAGUGACCAAGAGAGACCCUCCUUGCAUAUUCAUCCAGAACAGAGAGAUCAUUUGGGGGAAGUCAUCAAAGAGAUUGGGAAUCAUGGUAAACCAGUCACUAAGGGGGAUUUGUUCCAAAACCAAGAAGUUAAGCCUGAAUCAUCAUCAUCUCAUUCUCAUAUAGAUGUUGGUUCCCUCCAAAAAUACUUGCAUAAGGCUGAGCAAGGGAAAAAUCAAAAGAGAUAUGCUUGGGAAGGAUCAAGACGUUACAAUUGGGAUCGUAAUUUAAACGAUUCACCUCGGUUGACUGCAGGUAACCUUAUCUUUGCAUCUAGAAGUAAACCAUUAAGACGAUCAGCAUCAAAAGUAUUACAAAGGUCUACGGGGAAGACGAGGCACGAUUCACAAGCACAGAAAAAGCCCAAAGAUCUUCUAAUCUAUAAUCUAGGAAGACGUACUAAAAUUGUCUUACCUGCUUCACACACCAAUAGUAUAUUCAAUAUAAAUUACAGAGAUUUGUUUGGUGUUAUUAACGGUUCAGGACGUGCACCUGAGGAAACAUUGGCUGUCAUUAAUCAAUUGGAAACUGAAGGUUGGCAAUUAAUUGGUGAUCUGUACGAUAACUCUGAGAAUGUGGUAUUCCAAAGAACUGCGGGUUCUACAGGGGAAAGUGAAAGCAGAAUCCCUUACAAAAUCCCAGUAAUUUCGGUUGCUACAAUCCUCACAGGUUUGGGAAUAUAUUAUGCCAUUGAAUCCAGAAAACGACUCAAAGAACCUGAUUACCACCAACAUGUAUAA